AUGGCGGACGAAACUUGUCUUGUCGUACGUGCAGCAAUCUCCUCGAGAUUUCUUCUUCUAGUUUUUCAAGUAAAUAUAGUUGUGGCCUGAUGUCAUUAUUCCAGUUAUUGUGUUGAUAUAUGGUAUUUGUUUUUUUCUUUUGCAGUUUGCUGCCAAUGAUUUUAUUGAUGAUUACGACACUUCCAGUUUUACAGGUUUUAUUGAAAAAACAAAUCUUAAAACUACGGGGUAUGACUGGAUAUUUCAGAGAGUUUUUGGAGGAUUUGGAAAGUGGGAUGCAGAGUAUUUUCUGAAAAUAUCAGAAGAAGGUUACAAGUAUGAACAGUAUAUGGCUUUCUUUCCGCUAUAUCCUUGGAUAUUACGAAUUUCAGCACUGAUAUUUCACCCUAUACUUCAAUAUUUUGUUUCUCAACAACGCAGUGCUAUAUUAGCUUGUGGAUGGCUUUUAAACACAGCGUUUUUCUCACUGGCAGCAAAGUCGCUUUACCAGCUGUCUCGUACUAUAUUUGGGAGAAACGAUGUGGCUUUGAUGUCAUCUCUUUUGUUUUGCUUUAACCCUGCAAGUGUGUUCAUGUCAAGUCUGUACACAGAAAGUUUGUUUUGCUGUCUCCAGUUCACUGCUUUGCAUUACCUGGAACAAGAGAAAGCUACAAUAGCUUUACUGCUCUUUGGACUCGGUGGUGCAACACGUUCAAAUGGGAUCAUAUCAUGUGGUUUUGUGGUGCAUAGAAUAUUAAAACGCUUUGUCUCAUAUGAACUAAUUUCUUUUAAAGCAUCAUCAAAUAAGUGGACGUUGAAAUUUCCAAAUGUAUCCUCAUCAUUUGUUGUUAUUUUGAAAGUAAUAAUUUCAAGCAGUAUUGUGCUGAUGCCAUUUAUCUUUUUCCAGUUUUAUGGGUACAGUCUGUAUUGUACACCAGUUGUUAAAGCCAGGGUGACUCAUCACAAGUCAUGGUGUGGCAGGUGGCCUCCAUUUCCUUACUCAUACAUUCAGAAAGUGUACUGGAAUGUAGGAUUUUUACGUUACUUUGAACUAAAGCAAAUACCAAAUUUUUUUCUUGCUACACCAAUGAUUAUUUUAAGUUCAUGUGCUGUGUUGACAUACUGCUGUAGUCACAAGAAUCUUGAAGUUGUUACAACACUUGGUCUGUUACAAAGAAAAUGCGAACUUAAUGAAAGCAUGACAAGGUGGGUAGUAUAUAGUACUUAAUAAAAUUAUAUGUACUUUAUUCCUUAUACAUUUUCUGUGAAAGUGUCUCUUAUAAUGGUAUUAUUUUUAUAGAAGCUACAUGUACAGUAAGGCCUUAGAAAAUAGUUUAUAUUUAUCAUCAUCAUCCUUAGGGUAGUAUAAAAUGAACUGAAAUUGAAUUAAAUUAAAUUAAAUUCAGAGUGAAAUUUUUUUACUUAGGUUGAUUUUCAGUUUCCUUUGUCUCCUAUUCAUGAAUUGGGGCUAGGUGACAAACAAAAUUGAGAAUCAAAUUCCAGGUGAAAAAAUUCAAUUUUUCUGAAUUAUUUUAAAUUUGACCUGUAACAUAUAUAUCAUUCUGUCUUGAUCUUGCCCAAUAAAGCUUGAAAUGAUAAUGACGAUGACAACGAUGACGACGAUAAUAAUAUUAAGAGUAGAAUAAGAAUAAGAAGAUGUCGUACAUGUACAUGUUAACACUAAGGGUGCGUUUCUUAUCACCCUUAUUAUGGAAGGCAUGUCAGUUUGCAGUCCUAGUCCUCUAAGGUUGGCUUGGGGAUGCUCAAUACACAGCUGUAUAAUAGAGGACUACUAACGCCUCAAACAGAAAGUUCAAACUUGAUUUUGCCAAGGUGACCAUACACUGUAGGUACAUUCAGGGUACAUACAUGUACAAUAGCCUACUUAUGAAAAUGAUCUCUGGCCAUUUGGAUACCUUAACUGUAUUUUGCCAACAUGAAACGUUCUCUAUUUCAAUAGGAGAUCAAUUCAUCAGACAAGAUAUCAAAAAGAAGAUGGUGAAUUCUAUAACAGUCCUUCAGUCUUUGUGUUUGUUGCUCAUCUUGCAUUUAUGACACUGUUUGGGUUUACCUCAAUGCAUGUUCAGGUUAGUAUGGUAUUUCCCUUUGUUUAAGAAAAAUGUGAUUUAUAAGAUAUUUAUUACAGUGUGAAGAAAAAGUGCAUCAUCCUGCUUUUAAGUUACCGUAAAAUUCCAAAAAUAAGCCUGGGGCUUACAUUUUUCCAAUCGCCUUUUUGAGGAGCUUAUUUUUGGAGGAGCUGAUAUUCGGAGAGGCUUAUCUAUGGAGGGAAAUUUGGAUUUCAAAAUCGAUUGUGCAGCUUUAUAGUUGGAAAGAAAUUUAUGCUUUUUGCUUUGUUUUACUUUGUAUUUGAGGGCAAUUUCCAAGUACAAGCCCCCUCCCCCCGGGGGGGGGGGAGGUGGGGGGGCUUAUACUUAGAGGGGCAAUUUAACAGAGGGUUUUUUGCAUUACAAGUUUCAGGGCUUGUAUUUGGAGGGGCUUAUUUUUGGAAUUUUAUGGUAGUUUUUAUCAUCUAUUUUGUAUUUCUCAUGAUGAACUUAUUAUUUUUUAUGAUUUACCAUGGUAUUGUUUUUGUCAUUGACACAGGUCAUCACAAGAUUGAUUUUCUCAGCUUCUCCUCUCAUUUACUGGUACACUGCAUAUGUCAUCAUCAGUGAUUCUACUGAACCACCAUACAGACACUGCAGAAGCAAAUGGAAGUCUCAGUUAAUUCUUGUAUAUUUUCUCUUGUACUUCUUCAUUGGCACUGCUUUGCACUGCAAUUUUUACCCAUGGACGUGAUAGACUUGGAUUGUACAUGUAAUCUAUAGGUCAUUGUCAUGACCAUUUUCAUCUUGGAGCUCAAUUCCAUAAUAAUUGUAACAUAAACUCCUAUGAGGGUCAAUAAUAGGGUUCUUCAAUCCUGUUAUCCCAACCCAAAUUUUCACUCAUUAAUCCCAUAAUCUUGAUAGGCAUUUUCGACAUCCCGCAAUCCUGUUCAUGCUUUCAAUCCUAAAUUUACCCCCAUUAUUCUUUGAAAUGCAACGUACUGAACAAACCUACUAAAAAUCCAGGCUCUCACGUUAGGUUGCAUUACAACACUUUUUCCCUUGGAGGUACUCCUGGGAAUUCUUGUUGUGAGUGUGCCACCCCAUUCUUCCAAAUCCUGACCUUAUGUCACACCAAAAAAGGUAAUUUUCCACACCCAUUCUUAAACCUGGCCUCUAAAAUCCACACCCGUUUUCAGACCUGGCCUCUAAGAAAUUAUGUCUCCAUUACUAAAACAUACACUCCUGUAGUUCCCUUGAAUACCUUGCCUGAUGGGCAAAGUCUAUACCUGUUUUUAGACUGAAACGGUGCAAAAACCAUACCCUUUGGGUGGCACAUACCUAUAUGCCUUAUAUUGGGGAGCACCCCCCGAAAAUUCAGUAGGUCAAAGAAGAUUACGAUAUAGGAUAAUUGGUACGCAGAC